AUGGUUUUGAAUAUAAAACGAGCGUCGUCGCUGGAUGGAGCCACAGUCAAUGUUCAGGAUGUUUUGAAGCCGUUUGACCAUCAGGUCGGCGGUCACACCCCAUUCACAUCUCUUCCCAAUGGACACCUCCUGAAGCCGUGCGUCGAGCGAGAACUUUAUUUUUAUCAAAAAAUGCCCAAAUCCCUGAAAUCGAUUGCUCCAUUAUGCUGUAGCACAAUCCAAGGGAGCUCUGUGAGCACAUUCGAUGAUAGUUGUGUGAAUUGUCGACAGCAUCAGCUGGAAAAUGUUGUAAUCCCCGAGAGCAUCGAAGGAUCACCAAUUUUGAAUAAGAGGAAACUGUCAAAAAACUUCAUUGUCUUGUCCGAUUUGACGUACCGUAUGAAGUCUCCUCGAAUUUUGGACCUGAAAUUGGGAACUCGUCAACACGGCGAUCAAGCUACAGUAGCCAAAAUUGCAUGUAUGACUGCGAAGUGUCAAUCGACUACGUCUGCAGCUCUCGGGAUACGAUUAUGCGGAAUGAAACGUCCGCCAUCCGAGUCUCAAAAUCAAAUUUCAAUCAAUAAGUAUGAGGGACGACAAAUGGGAAAAAUUGAAUUGUUUCUAGCACUUCAACAAUUUUUUGAUGUUCCUGAAAAUGUUUUGGAAUUGGUACAAACGAAAUUAUUGGCGAUUCGAGGUGUGCUAAACGACACCGAAAGGGUUCGACUGUUUGGAGCCAGUUUACUCAUUGUUAUUGAGAGUGAAAUCAAAGAAUCAACGCCAAUCGAAAAUCUGGUCCGAAUCAAAGUUGUGGAUUUCGCCAACGCGACAUUCGGCGGUUUUCAAGGAGAUAACAUUUAUGAAGGAAAAGAUGAGGGAUCAAUUUUGGGUCUGGACACUUUGCUAGGCAUUGUGAAGCGCUAA